AUGGAGGUGUCUCAGAACUCCAAGUACUUCUGUGAGUUCUGUGGAAAGUUCGCUGUGAAGAGGAAAGCAGUUGAAAUUUGGGGUUACAAGACUGCGGGAAGGUCAAGGCUGGUGGUGCUUACGCCAAGAACGCUGCUAAUGCAGUCACUGUCAGGAGCACAAUCCGUCGCUUGA